AUGGAGCGGUUUAGUCGAAUGUUACAGGCUGCCCAGAGCAUGGGUAUGAGUAAUGCUCCCCAAGGGGACACCCCCAACCUUAUUGAUAACUCCGAAACUGUUCACAUAUCAUCUUUGGCUCUUCUGAAGAUGUUACGACACGGCCGUGCGGGUGUACCCAUGGAAGUAAUGGGUUUGAUGUUGGGAGAGUUCGUGGAUGAAUAUACAGUCAGAGUUGUGGAUGUAUUCGCUAUGCCUCAGAGCGGUACUGGUGUCAGCGUCGAAGCUGUUGACCCCGUAUUUCAGACAAAGAUGAUGGAGAUGCUUCUACAGACAGGAAGACCGGAAGCGGUUGUGGGAUGGUAUCACUCCCAUCCGGGCUUUGGGUGUUGGCUCUCCUCUGUCGAUAUUAACACCCAACAAUCUUUCGAGCAGCUCACCCCUCGCGCCGUUGCUGUUGUCGUUGAUCCCAUACAAUCCGUAAAAGGAAAAGUUGUUAUCGACGCUUUCCGAUUAAUAUCUCCCCAAACUCUUGUCAUGGGCCAGGAGCCACGUCAGACCACCUCUAACCUUGGACACCUCAACAAACCAUCAAUCCAAGCUUUGAUCCACGGCUUGAACCGUCAUUACUACAGCAUGGCUAUUAACUACCGGAAGACAGGGCUAGAGGAGAAUAUGCUUAUGAACCUCCAUAAGCACGUAUGGACCGAAGCUCUUCAGAUGAACGACUUUAGACAGGAGCACAAGGAGAAUGUGGAGCGGCUGCAGAAGCUUGUUGGACUUGCUGAAGGAUACGAGAAGAGAGUUAAGGAGGAGUCGGAGCUCACGCCGGAGCAACUCAAGACACGCUAUGUUGGAAAACUUGACCCCAAGAAACAUAUCGAGGAUGUUGGCCAGCAGCUUAUAGAAGACAACAUUGUCGCCGUGUCUCGACAAAUGAUUGAUAAGGAAGCGUCUCUAGCCCGAGCUAGCAGAUCCAAGGCACGUCAGCAAGAUAUGAUGGAGACUGAUGAGGAAAUAUAA